UCCAAGAUUCUGAGAAUGGCCUCAAGGCAGAUGGUUCAACAACCGAAUAAACAGAACAAAGUGGCGGCGGAGAGGAAGAGCCGCCGCGCACUGGGAGACAUUGGGAAUCUCAUCCCUGCUGAUGGGGCUGUUGAAGGCAAACCGAUUCCUCGGAUUUCUCGACCUGUUACGAGGAGUUUUGGUGCUAGAGCACUCGCUAAUGCACAAGCUCAAACCAACAAGAAUUCACUGGAGGCUAAUGCAGCUCUGCCAGAGAAGAGGGCGGUGGCGCGUAGGCCGGUGCAGAAGAAAGCUGUGAGCACAAAACCUAAGCCGGAGGAGAUCAUUGAGAUUAGCCCGGAUUCAAAUGAAGUUCCAGUGAGGGAGAGGAAGCUUCUUAGCAAGGAAAUUGAGCCGAAAAAGAAGCUUCCAACUCUCACCUCAGCCCUCACAGCAAGAAGCAAGGCUGCAACGAUUGUUGAUAUCGAUGCUCAGGAUUUGGGCAAUGAUUUGGCUGUUGUUGAGUAUGUUGAGGAGAUUUAUAAGUUCUACAAGUCAGUUGAGAAUGAGGGAAGGGCUAAAGACUAUAUGGAUUCACAGCCUGAGAUAAAUGAGAGAAUGAGAGCAAUUCUAAUUGAUUGGCUGAUUCAAGUCCACUACAAAUUCGAGCUCUCUCUUGAGACACUAUACCUCACUAUCAACAUCAUUGAUAGGUUUCUAGCAUCCAAGACUAUUUUAAGAAGGGAGCUGCAGUUGGUGGGAAUGGGGGCAAUGCUCAUAGCCUCCAAAUACGAAGAGAUAUGGGCGCCUCAGGUGAAUGACUUGGUGUGCAUCUCGGAUAGAAGCUACACCAACGAGCAAGUCUUGGUGAUGGAGAAGAGGAUCCUGGGGGAGCUCGAGUGGAACUUGACUGUCCCAACGCCAUAUGUGUUCCUUGCUCGCUUCAUCAAAGCAUCAAUGACCGGUUCUGAUGUGGAGAAUAUGGUCUAUUUUCUCGCUGAGCUAGGGAUGAUGGACUACGAGAUUCUUGCGUACUCUCCCUCUAUGGUUGCUGCCUCAGCAGUCUACGCAGCAAGAUGCACAUUGCAGAAGUCUCCAGCGUGGAAUGAGACACUCAAAAUGCACACUGGUUUCUCAGAACAACAGCUCAUGGAUUGUGUUAAGAAGCUCGUGGCGCUGCAUGCGUUGGCUGGACUUCAGAAACUGAAGGGGAUAUACAAGAAAUACAGCAGCUCAGAGAGAGGGGGAGUUGCACUCUUUCAACCAGCCAAAUUUCUCUUGGCUAAUUGAUUAAGAUGGAUGCUUCAUUUUGGAUUUUUUUUUGUGUUGUUGAAGAGAUAAGCAAUCUUGUUAUCAAAACUACAUUCUUGUAGUUGCAGAGAUAAUCAAUCUUUUCAUGUCUUCUAUCUUCAAGAUUAUCAAAACUUGGUUAUUGUAGAUAAACGAAUUCUCAAUAUUUUUUGCUACAAAUGUGUUUUUACUUG